AGCGAGGGCAGCAGCGAUCGAACUCGUUAUCUUUCGCAACAAUGCCACCGCAUUCCGCCUGCUCUUGGCACUGCUCAGGCAGGGCGUUCUUGAUAGCGCUUGCCUCCUAAUGUUUAUCUAUGAUGGCGAAGUUGAAAAGUAAGGCGCAAACUUUGAGCCAGGAGCUGGACUGUCUCUCAGAGGUUUAACCUGCGCGUUGUUAGUCGUGAAAAGCAACGCUACCAUGGCAUACAGGACAUUUGUGCUGCUCUGGGCUUGUGUUUUCAGCGUCUGCCUCGGGAGGUCCACAUGUUACUUCGCAGUUCCACUGAAGAUAUACACGGGGAAGUUCAAUUCUUCUGUGGAUCUGGAUUUGAGCCCCCUGAAACGAAUACAAGCCUUUGGCGGAAAUGUGCUCUCCUUGGCCUCUGAUCCAGCUGGUAUAGUCAACUUUCUGGACAUGGUCAACAACUUGCAAGGCGACUCGGGAAGAGGCUACUACAUGGAAAUGUCACUCGGUACCCCCGGUCAAAAGCUUAACAUCCUGGUGGACACGGGCAGCAGUACCUUUGCAGUGGGUGCAGCCCCUCACCCAUUCAUUACACACUACUUCGACCCUGCACUUUCCACAACCUACAAGUCAACUGGACAGGCGGUGUCUGUCAGGUACACCCAAGGCAAUUGGGAGGGCGAAUUGGGCACUGACCAUGUCUCCAUCCCCAGGGGACCUAAUGGGACAAUCACCAUUAACAUAGCAACAAUUUUAACAUCUAAUGGCUUCUUCCUCCCUGGGGUCAAUUGGCAAGGCAUCCUGGGCCUGGCCUACCCCAUGCUGGCACGGCCUGACUCGUCGGUGGAGCCCUUUUUCAACUCGCUGGUGCGCCAGACGGGGAUUCCUGACAUCUUUUCCAUUCAAAUGUGUGGUGCAGGACUCUCAGCCAGCAGCAUGGCCGAUCCCGCGGGGGGCAGUCUUAUCAUGGGAGGGGCUGAACCAACUCUGUACCAGGGGUCAAUAUGGUACACCCCCAUAAAGGAGGAAUGGUACUAUCAAGUGGAGGUCUUGAAACUAGAGGUUGGGAACCAGAAUCUGAACCUGGACUGCAGAGAGUAUAACAUGGAUAAAGCCAUAGUUGACAGUGGGACCACACUGCUGCGACUUCCUGUCAACGUCUUUAAUGCAGUGGUGGAGGCCAUCACGCAAACCUCUCUGAUCCAGGACUUCUCCUCAGGUUUCUGGGCUGGAACCAAGCUGGCAUGCUGGAUGAAGGGAGAGACUCCCUGGAGGUUUUUUCCAAAGCUGUCCAUCUACUUAAGAGCAACCAACACCAGCCAGUCCUUCCGCAUCACCAUCCUUCCCCAGCUGUACAUCCAGCGAAUAACAGACGUGGAUGGUACGCUAGACUGCUUCCGCUUUGGUGUUUCAUCGUCGGCCAAUGGCCUGGUGAUAGGGGCUACUGUCAUGGAGGGCUUCUACGUUGUGUUCGACCGUGUCCAGCGCAGAGUGGGCUUUGCACUCAGCCGUUGUGCAGUGAGCAAUGGAGUGUCACUGUCGGAGAUCGCCGGGCCGUUCUCGGUGGUUGACGUGUCAGCAAACUGUUUCAGUGGGCCGCUGAAGGAGCCGCUCCUCUGGGUUAUCUCUUACGCCCUGAUGGGGGUCUGUGCCAUGGUCCUCCUAACCCUGCUCCUGCUGCUAGUCCUGCCCUGCCGACACCGACGCCACUCUGGGGAGAUUACAGACGAAUCGUCCCUGGUCCGCCACCGCAUCAAGUGACUGAGAAAAGAAAAGCGGGAAAAUGGGGGUACUGGCCAGGGGGGCCAGUAGGUGGUGUUGUGCCACCAGAGUAUAGCCGGGCAGGUUUGGCCUACACUGAUCAAUGAGACUAGUCACUGACAAACUGGACAUGUCACACAUCUCAAUCCAGCGAGGUUGAUACAGAGGAAUUAGAAAAGACAAGAGCUUGGAUAAGAACCCCCCACCUUAGCUUUUGUGUCAAACUCUGAAGUGACAACUAGUUUUCGAGGACUCUGAAGCAGAUUAACUACUGGUUUCCAUUGCACUGAAACUGGCGAUAUGUUCUUCGUUUGUUUCUGGGGGUGUACAAUAGCUUUAAAAUCAAAGAAGCUGGAAGAAAUCCCUUAUAGUGUUAGCUGCUCUCCCAGCGGAUUCUCACGUCAACGUAAAAUCAGUCUGGAAAAAACUGGCUAAUUUGGUGAUAUGUGUAAGAAGGAUUCCAGUGCUUUGUGGUAAUUUUGGUAACUUACUGUCUGGGAUGUUAAAGUAGGACCAAUGUUCACUUAGGGUGUAGGAAAAAGGACUCGACAGGAUAUAUAUAUAUAUAUAUAUAUAUAUAUAUAUAUAUAUAUAUAUAUAUAUAUAUAUAUUCUGCUGAAUUGCACUUUGCUUUAAAGCCAAUCAAAAGUGUAAUAUAGAGAUGACAAUCAUAUCAGUAUAUUUUUACUAAUACUGUAUACAUUUUGAUAUUUACAACUAUUUGAAUGGGACCAUUGCAAACUUUGCUAUUUAGAUGGAGUAGGAGCAGUAGAUUUAAAGUGCAAACCUUGACGCAUAAAGAACGGUGGGUUAUGCAAAUAAAAAAAUCCAAAGGAUGUUUCUAGCAUUUCAGGACAGUUAACACUGCCCCAGUACUGGAGGGGUGCAGCUAACUCACAAGCAAUGCUAAUGUGUGGACUUCCACACAGUUAUCAAAUUCUUGAAUUUUACAGCUUUCAAAAGCACUAAUGGCCAAAUAUGGUAAGUCUUUGUGUCUGACAUCAUUAAUUGUAAAGCGCGUUGGGUGGCUGUUGCAGCGAGAACAGCGCUAUAAAAAUACAACUUGAUUGAUUGAUUAUAGUGGAUUGAUGCCUUGCAACCAUGUAUUUCCCUCAAAGAAGGUUGACUCAGUUCAUCUGCAUACGUUUAUUGGGAGAUGCGUUUCAUCACUCAACUGACAUCUUCAGUGUCAACUGACUGCAGGUGUCCCCACCCUUAUAAACAAUACAGUGGCAUAACGACCGAAACCAAUGACCAGUUUCAUGUGCAAAUAUGGGCGCGUCUGCAGCCCUCCCCAGAUCGGCAGAGGGGGUGGAGCAGCGACCGGGAUGGCUCGGAACAUUGGGGUAAAUUGGCUGGAUACAGUGGGGGGGGGGGGGACUAGUUACAGUUGUCAGUUAAUGUCACAUCCAUAUUUGCAUAUGAAACUGGUUGUUGGUUUCGGUCAUUAUGCAGCUGUAUUGUACUGUAUUGUUGAUAAUGGGUGGGGACACCUGCAGUCAGUUCAGACUGAAGACGUCCCUUAGUUGAGUGAUGAAACGUAUCUGUCAAUAAACGUUGUGUCCAGAUGAACUGAUUCAACUUUCUGUGAUUUUCUUACCAGGAUUAAUGAGCGUGCAUCAAUAUAUGUUUUUCCCUAUUUUGUUCCACAUUCUUUGUGUUGCCCUGUGUACAUACAGAACCUGUUCUCAGCUGAUAGAAGAAAUUAUGCUGUGCAAUCAAACUGGAACUUGAUACCAAGUUUUCUCAAAUGAGCAGACUUCCUCUUCUGUGAUAUGAUGUUAAACUUUAGUAUCUGUGACUGUGUAUAUGUGCCAAAAAUUUAAUAGCUGAAAAUGAAGUUGAGAGAGGUUUAAUAAUAAGGUAUAACUGAAUCUUUAAAUGUUCCCUUUUAAAAAAUGUUUGUCUUUGCCAAAAUGUCGUGUUUACUUUAACUAACAAAGAUGAUUGAGCUUUAAUUAAUUGAUUCGUUUUUAUUAAUUUUGUAUUUGCCACUAGUGAAAGUUGAUGUUUUAAGUUUGGGGAAAAGCGCCUCAUGGGAGUCGUUUGGCUUAUUCUGGCAAUGCUCUGUGGAGGACAUCUGGUGGUGACAAAUGGUACAUACAGUUAAAUGUCUCAUGAAAAGCAACCCACAGGGAUGAAUCCAUUUUGAAUUAUAUUUAGAGUGUGUGUGUAUAUCAUUUCAAAACAUAUUUACAAAUAGACCCAAAAUACAAUAUACAGAGUAAAAGAACGCGUCU